AUGAAAGAAUGGGAUGUAGUCUUUAACAAACCAAGAGCAACAAUAGUUUCAGAACAAGAAUGUAGACAGAAACUUAAGAAAAUAAAAGUCGUACAAGUUGGCAUGAAGAUGUUAGAUGCUUGGGAUAUCUUAUUGUCAAAACUUGAAGAUUUUUCAGUUCGUGGUAUAAAGUUUUAUACACCAUCUCAAAACUUCUAUUCUAUCUUCACUGGAUAUAAAUAUGAACAAGUAGAAUGGAAAGAAAAUAUUAUAGAAGCUUGGUUAGACCAUGUCAAAGAAAUUAUAUGCAAUGGAAACGAAAAGGUUUAUGAGUAUAUCUUAUGUUGGUUUGCAAACAUCUUACAACAUCCAAGUGCUAAGAAUGAAACUGCUCUCAUUAUAAUUGGAAAACAAGGAACAGGUAAGAACACAUUCUUUACAGAUAUCUUAUGCAAACUGUUAGAGGGCUAUUCGAACCCUAAUAUGACAAACUUAGAAAACAUCUGCGGUAAAUUUAACUCUUCAAUAGAGAAUAUGAAACUUAUAGUAUGUAACGAACUUCAAAGUAUAGAUACAACAAAAGUUUUGAACUCAGAUGCUUUGAAGAGUCUUAUAACAGACAAA